GGGUGGUGGCCCCGCCCCCUCCGCUGGGUCCCCGCGGGGCGGGAGGCGCCGCGCGGUCGCUGUCCGCGGGCAGACAGCGGCAUUACAUAACCGCGUACAGAGAGCAGCCGCGGGAUUACAUGAUGCAGAUUAGCGGCGGCGUCGAUUCAGCGGAUCGCCCUGCGUGUGUGUGAGGGGCGGCACGGCCGUGCGGGGGGAAAAAAAGAAAAGAAAACAUUGAAAAGUAAGAACUUCCACACGAGGCUUGUUUAGUAACUUGGUGCCGUUUAGAAGAAUAGCUUCUGCCCAAGAAUUAGAAUUGUUGGAAUAAUAUGCGAACAGAUCAUGAAGAACUCUGUGGCACCAGUUAUGGAUCUUUUUGUCUAAAUGGAGGCAUUUGCUAUAUGAUUCCUACUGUACCCAGUCCAUUCUGCAGGUGUAUUGAGAAUUACACAGGAGCACGCUGUGAAGAAGUUCUGUUGCCCAGCAUCAAGUCUCAAACCAAAGGUGACCUGUUUGCAGUUCUCUUGGCUUCACUUCUCCUUCUCGGAGUUCUUUUAAUUGGAACAUUCUACUUCCUUUGCAGGAAAGCCACCAUUGCAAGGACAGGUUCCUCAGAGUGUGGUGCCCACCUGGUUGAGACUACAAGCAGCAAUGGCUGCAACAAAAUAAUAACGGAGUAAAGCAUUAGAGUGGAAGAAUGGUGAGAAAAUGAUGUGCAGAGCAACCCUAACAGCUGCAGAGGUUGAUAUGGGUUAUGUGGCUCGGGCAAAGAGAAGCCAAGUGAUAUGGUCUGUCUCUCUUUCUCCCCUGAUGACACAAAGAGAAUGGCUGGGUACUGAGAGGCAUAGAAGACAUGAAUUGAACAGUCCUACUUUCAUCUUGUUUCUAGCACUGGAGGUUGUGACUAAGACAAAAACCAACAUGCAUUCAUACAGCAGCACAUCACCUAGCAGCUCACUACUUGGGAUCGACCAUGCUGUACUGAAGAAAAAGCUUGAGAACAUUUCUGGAGGUGAAAGGGAAGAAAAUGCAGAAUGCAGAUUUCUCAUCUCUGAAAUAAGGGAAAAAAAGGGGUCUAGAAACGAAGGUGGAAAGGAAGAUGUGAAUCAGAGUCAAUUCCUGGGGCAUCUACUGCAUGCUCUGGCAUCAGAAAAGAUAGCGUAUAUUUUACACACACAUAGAUGCAAACACAGCAAGACAAAGAAGGAAAGACAAAGUGUUACGGUGUAUACAGUAAGAAGUCAAGGAGAAAAUAAUGAUAUAACAGCAAAUAGUAAACAGAGAAAAAUGUAUUACUUUCUGAGGACUCAUGUGAAAGAAGCUGGAGUACGAGCGAAAGCUCAGCAUCUGCAGGAAAACAUCCAAUCAACCAGAGAUCCUGAACCAGAAACGUUCCAGUUGGAUAAAGCAUAGCUUCCUCCUCAAAUUAACCACCUUACAUGCUGGUUUUGGGACCCCAAGCCCUUGCCAGUUACCCAGGAGGACACUGUUUUAAAGGCUAGGAAAGAACAAAGUGAUUUUUCAUCGCAUGCGGACACACCACUGUUAGAUUCACAGUUCAGGAGAUGUGCAACAAUCCUGACAGCUGCAUCAGAAUCAGAGUUAGCUGAAAUACUCUGCACAGUCUCUGUGGAAUUGAGUCCGAGAAGACUGCUGUCAGGCAACCUCUGUGCAUUACUGAUCACGAGACAUUCAGACUGACUAACUAACAUCCAGCACACUGUUUUCACCGAAGAAGAAAAGGUUUAUGGUCAUCUGAAAUGGAAACUGAGGGAGGAAAUCUUGAAGUUGUACUCUGUAAACGGUUAAAACCCUCUCAGCUUUCUAGACAUGGAAUAAUUCUCCAGUAUUACCACUCACAUUUGCAAUAUCUGGGAAACAAUUUGUACAAAAAGUGAGAAUGAAUAAAUCAAAGGGGUGUUUAAAUGCAAA